CUAGUGGCACUGCUGGGCGGCACUGCUGCACACUGAUGGGUGGCACUGCUGAGUAGCACUGAUGGGUGCCACUGCUGGGCACUUCUGGGGCUGCACUGAUAAUCAGUGCCCUGAUUCACUGAUCAGUGCAGAGCGGGGAUCGGCACCGAUCAUCAGGGCACUGAUGAUCAGUGCCCUGAUGAUCGGUGCCCAGCAGUGACACCCGCAAGUUCCGUCCAGCAGUGCGCCCACUAGCCCCGCCCACCCGUUCCCAGCAGUGCCCCCACCUGUGCCCAGCAGUGCCCCCACCUGUGCCCAGCAGUGCCCCCACCUGUGCC